AUGCGGGUGUACAAUGAAGACUCCGAACGCGAGGUUCAAUCCACACAAGUUAACGAGGGCGAGGCAGAUAAGAAGCAAACACCAUUGCCAAUCUUACCCCUACUCAGCGUAUUCUUGAUUCAACUCGGAGAGCCCAUAGCCGCCACGGUUAUUUAUCCCUUCAUUGCGCAGUUCGUUCGGGAGAUGGAUAUCACGGGAGGAGACGAGAAGAAGAUUGGGUAUUACGCUGGCAUAAUUGAGUCUGCGUUCUUCUUCUCUCAAGGACUGAGCGUGGUCCAGUGGGGAUACUUAUCGGAUAGAUAUGGUCGACGGCCUAUUCUUCUUUGCGGCCCACUCGGCGUGGCAUUUUCCAUGUUAAUGUUCGGAUCUUCGACCACCUUUGCGGGAAUGGUUGCCGCGCGCUGUUUGCAAGGCAUAUUUAACGGCAAUAUAGGCAAGAAAUCUGUCAUUUUUACCUAUAUACGACAAGAAUUUAUCUUGUGUUUGAUAGGCAUAUCUAAGAGCGUUAUCGCCGAGCUUACUGACUCUACUAAUAGAGGUGAUGCGUUUGCCUUUAUUCCGCUCAUGUGGAGCAUAGGAUCAACUACUGGACCUAUUCUCGGUGGCUCAUUGUCGAAUCCAGCAACUCGAUGGCCUGAAACCUUAGGACAUAUAUCCUACUUGAAGACACAUCCAUAUUUCCUGCCUUGUUUUGUUGCCGCUUUCUUUGCGUUUAUUUCAUUUUUGAUCGUAUGUUUUGUCUUGGAGGAGACAUUGCCGUCCAAAGCUACUAGAAUCCCGCCCAAGCAAAAUUCCACCGAUGUUUGUUCACUCAAAACCACAAGUCCACUGCUAGAACACGGAGAAGGUACAGGCUACGGCAGUAGUACAGACGCCCCGGGACGUUCGAACAGCAAUCAACAUCAACAUCAGGGAGUGAGGACUGACAAUUUUCGCGACGCUUUCACUCGGCCCGUCAUGUCUAUACUUCUCAACUACGCUUUUCUGGCAUUUUUAGACAUGUGUUACGGAGUUCUUUUACCAUUGAUGUACUCAACGUCAAUCCGGAACGGAGGGCUUGGAUUGGAUCCUUCUCGCAUAGGCGCAACACUCGGUGCAUUUGGGCUGGUGAACUCCAUCGUUCAACUCAACUUUCUCGGGCGAUUUAUCAGAAAGUAUGGUCCACGAAAAAGAGCCGGUGAAGUCGAUCAUAUAGUGAUUGCCUGUAUGACGUUCCAGCUUGCUUGCCAAAUGUUUAUUUUUGCGGCAUAUGGCUCCAUACAGGUGCUUUUGGUUGAAAGCAUCCCAGAAGGUGGUCCUCUGGGAACUGUGAACGGAGUCAGCCAAAUGAUUGGUGCUGCGAUGCGUUGCAUAGCCCCAACCUUCGCGUCAUCACUCUUCUCAGUGUCCCUUCAGCGUAAUCUUGCUGGCGGAAAUAUGGUCUACUACAUCCUCAUAACGAUUGCAUUACUGGGCAUCUGUUGCACCCGCCUACUUCCGAGUGGUUCUAAAAAGAGAAUGAUCCCUCAGUCGCAGCCCACAGCUUGA